AUGGAGAACAACAAUCAAGAAAAUGCUGAAAAUGGUGCUGCUAUUAUUGGAUCGGAAGGAAGAAGAGGAGGUGAUGCUGGCCGUGGACGGAGACUCACCGGAUUGCGAGGCGUCUCUCCGCCACCAUUUCUGUUGAAGACAUUUGAAAUGUUGGAAGAUCCUGAAACUGAUCCCUUCAUACAUUGGACUUCUGGCAAAACCAGUUUUCUUAUUACUGAUACUAACAAGUUUGCUAUUGAAGUUCUUCCAAAGUACUUCAAACAUAGCAACUUAUCCAGCUUCAUUUACCAGCUCAACAACUAUGGUUUUAAGAAGGUUUGUUCUUACAAAAGUGAGUAUGCAAAUCCAUGGUUUCGAGCUGGGAAAAAGCACUGGCUGAAGAAUAUCAAAAGCAGGAUUCAACUAUCCAAAACCAAUAAGCCACAACAAGGUUCGCAUAGUUCUUGUGUUGAUCCAAUGAAGGAUAAUUUGGAAGAGGAGGUGGAGAAGUUGAGGAAUGAUAACAUUAGUCUGAAGAUAGAACUUCAGAAGUUGAAAGAUAGACAAGAAAACAUGAGAGUUUUGUUUCCUACUAUGAAAGGAUGCAGAAAGGAUACAGAAAUUAGCAAUAUUUUGGAGCUAUUUGUCAAGAAAUCGAAAGUCAGGGAAGAUUCUAGCAGCAAUGACACAAGAAAGAGGCCACAAAUGGUAGAGUCGCCAGAUCGUGUGGCUAACUCUGUCCAGGAUGGGAUUGGACAGACAUCAAACUCUGCUGGUGGCUCAGUAAGUUCUAAUGAGCAACAGAAAGAAGCAACUGCUAAAAAUGAUAAGAAUCGCGAGUUCUGGGAAAAACUGUUUGAAGAUGAUUCAGAGUCUCAAAAUGAAGGAGCAGAGCAGGCACUGAAUCGAUCGAAGGCUAUGGCGGAGAUAGAGGAGAUGGUGGAAAGCAAGAUUGCUAUGGAAGGAGAAGCUUUGAUUGCAAAAGCUGCUACUGGUUUAGAUGAGGAGAUGGAGGCUUAUCUUCAACUGUGGACCUAG